AUGAAUAACUUACAUAAUCAUCAACAGCAAGAGAAUCAUAAGAUCAACGGGGGAUCUCACAAGAGCACAAUUCCCCAUGAAGUUAAUAACCCAUUUAAGUUACACCAAUUUAGUUUGGCUUCAGGAGCGAGCAUUGUGGAGAACUUUCUUAGUUCUAAUCGCCUUCCUGCAUUUCUCGCCACAGGAUUCUUCCAAGUCCCUAUUCGAGAAUUGGACAAAGAGAAAACGGCCUUCUACACGGGCAGUAGAUUAAUACGGUUCACAAAAAUGCCACAGGGGUUCAAGAAUAGCUUUGCUAUAUUUCAAAGGGCAAUGCAACUUAUUCUAAAAGACUUACUGGGAGCAUGCUGUGUGGUAUAUAUCGAUGAUAUAUUGAUUUGCGGUGAAAGUAUAGAGGAACACAAUUUUAAUUUGACAAAGGUAAUUGCACGAAUUAAAAAGUAUAGGCUCGAAGAAAAUAUAGAGAAAAGAAUAGAACGAACAGAAAGUAUUAAAUUUUUAGGAUAUGAGAUCUCAUACAAUACUGUCAAACCUAGCUUAGAAAGGGCACAUGGCAUAAUUGAAUGUAAAAGUCCAGAAAGUAGGAAAGAUAUACAAAGGUUUAUUGGUAUGAUAAAUUAUGACAGGCAGUUUGUUCAAGGACUUUCAAACUACCUGAAAUCGCUGUACAGAUUACAGUCGAAGGAUGUUAAGUUUAUGUGGACAGAAAUUGAAGAAAAUAUUUUGUGGAGAUUAAAGCUAAAUAGAAACAAAGAUUAG